AUGAUCAUGCUUAUUGUCUUCCGUGCACUUUCAGGCAUUGGAGGUGGUGGUAUCAUCACUUCUGCCAUGAUUGUUGUAACUGAUGUGGUCUCUCUAGAAAAACGCGGUGCUUAUCAGGGCUUCAUUGGCAUGGUUGUUUCUUUUGCCAAUGCCCUUGGACCUCUGAUCGGUGGUAUAUUUACGGAAAAAGUGUCGUGGAGAUGGUGCUUUUCACAGUAUAUCAACAUUCCAUUGACGAGUGUUGCCCUUGUUGUCGCAGUAUUUGCUCUCCCAUUAAAGCCAGUGACAGUGUGCAAGAAGCUUCAGUUCAAGCAGAUUGACUAUCUAGGAUGCACCGCAAUGCUGCUCUCUGCCGUGUUGAUAUUAUUGCCGAUAUCCUGGGGAGGAACCCAAUAUGCCUGGAAUUCAGCAGCAGUGAUUGCUCCGUUAGUCAUCGGCAUAGUGUCUCUCGGAGUUUUCAUCUUGGUGGAAAUCAAAAUAGCAGCCCUUCCACUGAUCCCAAUGCAUAUUUUCAAAAUUCCAACUGUGGCCGGUGCAUCGACUGUCUCCUUCUUCUCAGGAUUCAUGUUCUAUGCUAACCUAUACUAUUUGCCCCAAUUCUUUCAAGUUAUCUUAUCCGCCUCUCCCAUCAAGUCUGGUGUUCUUCUCCUGCCUCUUAUCGUUAUUCAGUCUAUAGUAUCCUUUACAUCAGGCUUUAUAGUCUCCAAAACAGGAAACUAUACCAUCAAUCUACGUGUUGGAUUUAUCAUCUGGACCAUCGCUUGCGGCCUGCUUUCCACAAUCAAUCCCAACACUUCCAUUGCCAAAUUGGUUGGGUACCAGAUUCUGAGCGGCGUUGGCUCAGGACAGACGUUCCAGACGGCUUUGAUAGCCAUUCAAGCCGGAGUGAAGACAAAUGAAAUGGCUGUUGCCACUUCCACUCGAAAUUUCGUUCUUCAAACUGAGCUAUCAUCUGUCAUCUCAGUCAGUGCUUUGAAAGCCAUCGUCGCCGAUCCCACUCAAAUAAGCUCUACUUCAUUAGGGCUCACUGGAUCUCAGAAAUCAGCCGCGAUCCAGGCAUAUACACAUGGAAUUCGAAAUAUCUACUAUUUCAUGGUUGCGUGCUGCUUUAUCUCGUUCUUACUCUCUGUCUAUCCAGUGCGUGGACAAAGUCUGAAGCGGGAAGACGACGCAAAGAGACAGGAAGAAGGCAAGCAAUGGGCUGUGAAAAAUAAAGGCAUCAUUGGGAUAAGAGGGAAGAAGAACCCCGAAUCUUCGCCUAAGAAGAUCGAGGAGGGACUUACUGAGGUCACAAAGCCUAAAACGUAG